AACCCUUGGUCCCCUUCCCUCAUGGGCAUAUCCACUCUUGCUCUCCAGGUCCUUACAAUGGCCACAAACACUACAUCUCCUGCGCCUGCAUCUUCAGGAAAUGUGUUCAUCACUCAGCUGUCCAUCACUUUACUAUCAGUGGCACUGGUUGUGGGGCUUCCUGGCAAUGGAUUCGUAGUGUGGAGCAUCCUGGCAAAGAUGCGGAAGCGCUCUGUCACUGCCCUGCUGGUGCUGAACUUGGCCCUGGCUGACUUGGCUGUGUUGCUCACUGCUCCCUUUUUUCUCUCCUUCGUGGCCCGAGGCACCUGGGGUUUUGAAGUGAUUGGCUGCCGCCUCUGCUUCUAUGUCUGUGGGGUCAGUAUGUAUGCCAGCGUCUUGCUUAUCACAGCCAUGAGUCUGGACCGUUCUUUGGCCGUGGCUCGCCCAUUCUUGUCCCAGAAGCUGCGCACAAAGGCGAUGGCCUGUUGGGUGUUGGCAGGCAUCUGGGUGGCGUCUGUGCUGCUGGCCACACCCGUUUUCGUGUACCGCAGUGUGAUUUUGGUUCCCGGGAAAAUGAACAUAUGGUUCUGCACAGUGGUAUACUCCACCGAACACCAAAGGGCCUUCCAUCUGCUCUUUGAGACCAUCACCGGCUUCUUGCUGCCCUUUCUGGCCGUGGUGGCCAGCUACUCGGACAUCGGGCGCAGGCUGCAGGCCCGGCGCUUCCGCCGCAGCCGCCGCACCGGCCGCCUGGUGGUGCUCAUCAUUCUGGCCUUCGCAGCCUUCUGGCUGCCGUACCACCUGGUGAACCUGGCCGAGGCAGCCCGCGCGCUGGCAGGCCUGGCCCACAAUUCUGGAUCCACAGGACAGCAGCUGAACCUCGCCCGCAGGGUGCUCAUCACUCUCGCCUUCUUGAGCAGCAGCGUGAACCCCGUGCUGUACGCGUGCGCUGGUGGCGGCCUGCUGCGCUCCGCGGGUGUGGGCUUCGUUGCCAAGUUGCUGGAGGGCACAGGUUCCGAGGCAUCCAGCGCCCGCCGCGGGGGCACCCUGGGCCAGACAGCAAGAGGCGCCCCCACUUCUCCUGAGCCUGGCCCCACUGAGAGUCUUGCUGCCUCCUCCAACCCUCUGAGUGAGGCGAACUGA